AUGGCCGACCAUAUCAAAGAGUGCAGCGCUCUCUGCGACUUCCCGCAGGCGGUGGGAGCUUUAGAUGGUUGCCAUUUCCCUAUUUCUCCACUGAAGGAGAGUGCGACCGAUUAUUACAACUACAAGGGCUGUUACAGCAUCGUCUUGCUUGCUCUGGUGGACCACCGGUACCGCUUUCUUUACAUCAAUGUUGGAUCGCCCGGACGCUGCCAUGACGCAUACGUAUAUCAACGAUCAAGCCUGGCACAGUGUGUUGAGGGGCCGCUGUUCCAAGCUCCAGUAGCCACCAUCAACGGCGUAGCAGUGCCGCCUCUCAUCCUGUGCGAUCAGUCAUUCCCUCUGGCAUCACACCUGGUGAAACCAUUCAGUCAUCGGGCUCGUCUUGACGAUGACAUGAGGCGGUUUAACUACCACCUGUCAAAAGCCAGGAGGAUAGUAGAAAAUGCAUUUGGCAGAAUGAAGGCGAGGUUCAGAUACACAAUGAAAAGGUUAGAAUGUGACCUAGACUAUGCUCCACUUGCCAUUCGCACUUGUUGCGUACUGAACAACAUCUGCGAGGCAUUCAGUGAGCCGCUGAUGCAAGAAUGGGCUUCUGACUCCGAGGUUGCAAGCUCUGUGUACCAGCAGCCAAAUGGUGCCACAGAUACCAGACGUGCAAGUGGGACAUGUGUGCGUUAUGCAAUUGUUGGCUACUACAAACAGCGAGAACAUCAGUGA